AUGUCAUCGGGCAAGCUUCAGUCAGAUCAGUCCCCUACUGAGGAACCGCCGCCGGCCGAUGCAGCACAUGUUGCGCCUAAAGCCAUUCGGUGCGACAGACGGCCGCGGACGAGUGCUGCGACCGGAGGUGCCGAAAGCUUCUCCUCCGUUGCCGAGCGACUUGAAAAGAUCGAAAGCCUCAUGGAUGUUCUGACAGGAGACCCUCAUACCCGUUCCAGGAUCGAUGAGCACUUCACCCAAGCUCGCCGCACGCCGUCUACAACUUCUGGGAAGACCCUUACGGCCCACCAAGACCAUCAGACCAUUCAAGCCACUACUCCUUCAUCCUUGCACUCCAACUCUCAGCCAUCAUCGCUCCACAAUACUCAGUCUUCAACCCCACAGUACCGCAAGGUUGAAGGCGUGGCCGAUGAUGAUGGCGAAGCAAAUGAUAGCGGGGACAUUGAAGCUGAAGGCCCCUCUUCCUUGUCAGCCCACUCCAAGUUUGCAGCAGACUAUAUCGAAGGGAUAGUCGCCCUCAAUGGGGGGGAGAGUUCCAGUGGCGAUACUCUUGGUCUUCUCAAUGACCUUCAACAUAAGAUUCUAGUAGUCCGCAAGAAUCAGCGGUCUUUGAAACACAGGCUUCCCACUCUGGGCGAAGCUUCAUUGUCAACUCGCAGUCACAAAGAUAUGAUACCACUCGACGUAGCUAUUCAACUCCUCCGAAAAAGUCGCAGUCUCCUCGGCGAACCACACAUGAUGAAAGACGAAGGUGAGAAUCUCAUCGAGAGAGAAAAACAGUAUGUGAAUGUUUUCGCUCUCGUUCUCGGGUCUUACUGCUACAUUCAAGUUCGGAUGGCUAGGCUCGCCGGCAUGAUUUACACAGAUCUAUACUCGGCACAAUCACUACUCCUGGACUCUGAGACGAGACGAGCUAGUAUGGAAUCCCUCUCUCGGCACGCGCGAGAGAUACACGAAGAUACUCUGGCGAGCAAGGCUCAUUUCGAGCGACUCGGCUAUUACGAAACGUCACGGCCCUGCCUUGAGUACCUGUUCAUCGGGGACGAAGUUGCUCACUUCUCGGUCCUUACUAUGAUACACCGCGCUGCGCCAAGCGAAUCACUGGCACAGCCUUUCUCAAAUGAAUGCAUUGCAUAUGCCAGACAGGCAUUUGCGCGCCACGAUAGCUUCGAUAAGAGCAAGAGACCUGUUUUGUUCUCAUACAUGAACUGGGCUUUACUGUUUCUUCCUUUCAUUCCUUUUUUCGUGUUGUUCUGCAACGUUGUCGAAAAUGGGAGCCGAGACGAUCUCAAAAGACUGGAAAUAUUUGUUCAAUCCAUCGGGGCCGCGUCAGAGGACCCUGGUCUAGCAGAUCACUAUCAGCUCUUCGGGGCUUUUUACAACGCCGCGCAACAAUACACGGAUAGCAGAACCGAUAUACUUUUGCCGAAGCAGACGAGAGAGGAGCUGGACCAAUGGAUGGAGUCAUACCUGAGUCCGCUUGGCCUGCAAGGACAGAUGAACUUCGCUCAGCCAUCUCAGGGCGAUAUCGAGGGCGAUGGAGUGCAAAUGUCGUCACAAGGUGGGCCAAUUAUCAUGGCAGGUGCUUCGACAGACGAGAGCGGACUUGUCCACUACCAUGGGUAUCCGGCUGAGCAACUUCAGAACUUGAACUGGUUCGGGAUGAAUCAGCAGCACUCGAUGGACAUGAUGAACAUUGACAGCUCAUAG